CACUAUGACAUUUUAAUCACAGAAACAUAACUAAUGUUUACGAAUACCAGCAGAAAAUCAUGCAAAUUCUUGAAUUAGCAGGUUUUUCGUUUGUUUAAGACUUUUUCAGUCGACAUGGAGGAAGGAAACUCGAUUAUCUACGGUCUGGAACACCAGACUAGAGCUCUGUCUCCUCAGUACGAGAGCGAUGCCAUUAGGUUCCUGAUAGGAACGCAGAGUCUGAAGCCGCAGUCCAACCAGGUCCACGUUGUGGAAUUAGAGGAAGACACUGGUGCUUUACAUACGAAGGUCUUCAAGCAUGACAUCGGAGAGAUCUGGCAUCUCCGCUGCUCUCCACACGAUGUGGCCACGCUGCUCACAACACAUAACGCGUACGACCCCAACACGUCACAAUGUACUAUGGGUGUGUCAAUCUACAAGCUACCUACUGUUGAGGUUAUACCAAAGGAUCUGGAUGAUUUGAGUGCAAUACAGGGAAGAAAUGCUGAGGACAUGGAACUAUUGCUCACUAUCACUCCAGAGAAACCGGAGGAAGAGAUCCGUUGCGCGGAAUGGCAUCCUACCGACCCAACGCGGGUAGGCGUAGUCUUCGAAGCACGCGUGGCCGUGCAUGACGUCACAACCGGCGCGGCGGCGGCGGCGGCCGGCGCGGGCGCACGUGCUAACUACCACGCUGGGAAGUGGAACCCACACCAGGGACAUAGCCAGUUUGCGGUGCUUCAAGACAUGCACGUGAAGUGUUACGACACGCGCGCGGACGGCGCGCGGCCCGCCUGGGCUAUCGACCACGCGCACCGCCAGCUGGCCAGGGACCUCGACUUCAACCCCAACAGGCAGUUCCACUUAGCAACGGCGGGUGACGACGCAGCGCUCAAUAUCUGGGACUACCGGAACGGAAAGGAACCCAUAUUCAGCAGGACUGAUCAUUCUCACUGGGUGUGGACAGUCCGCUACAACACGUACCACGAGCAGUUACUGCUAACCGGCAGUUCAGAUGCUCGCGCGCUACUCACAGCCGCUGCUGCCGUCUGCAAAGACCCGGAUGACGACACUCCUGGGCCCGUGCUGGAAGACGGCGUGCUCCAAUCAUAUGAACAGCACGAGGAUUCUGUAUACGCUUGCGAAUGGAGCGCCGCGGAGCCCUGGACGUUCGCCUCGUUAAGCUAUGACGCGCGUCUCGUGCUGUCGCGCGUGCCGAGACACUUCAAGUACAAGCUGCUGCUGUGAUGACGUCACACUGUGCUAGGAUGACGUCACCCUGCUGCUGUGAUGACGUAAGACUGCUGCUGUGAAGAUGUCACGCUGCUGCUACGAUGGCGUCACACUGCUGCUGUGACGACGUCAUAACGCUGCUGUGAUGACGUCACACUGCUGCUACGAUGACGUCACACUGCUGCUACGAUGACGUCACUCUGCUGCUGUGAUGACGUCACGGAGUGGAGCGCCGCGGAGCCCUGGACUUUUGCCUCGCUGAGCUAUGACGCGCGUCUCGUGCUGUCGCGCGUGCCGAGACACUUCAAGUACAAGCUGCUGCUGUGAUGACGUCACACUGUGCUGCGGUGACGUCACGGAGUGGAGCGCCGCGGAGCCCUGGACGUUCGCCUCGUUAAGCUAUGACGCGCGUCUGGUGUUGUCGCGAGUACCGAGACACUUCAAGUACAAGCUGCUGCUGUGAUGACGUCACACUGUGCUGCGGUGACGUCACGGAGUGGAGCGCCGCGGAGCCCUGGACGUUCGCCUCGUUAAGCUACGACGCGCGUCUCGUGCUGUCGCGCGUGCCAAGACACUUCAAGUACAAGCUGCUGCUGUGAUGACGUCACACUGUGCUGCGGUGACGUCACGGAGUGUAGGGCGCGAGUGGAGCGCCGCGGAGCCCUGGAUCGUCACCUUCGAAGAGAUACGACUUGCAACUCGUGCUGUCGCACGGGCCAAGACACUUCAAGUACAAGCUGCUGCUGUGAUGACGUCUAUGGCAGUAGUUUGAUUCACUCGUAACAUUCCUGAUGGUAGUUGAUACAGCCACGGAUCUUUGGCAAACCGGUGCAAUGGGGAUUAUGACGUCACAUUUGAAUAACUUGUUGCUAAAUGUGGGCAAAAAUACUUAAUUGUUAUAAACAAUAAAUAGAUGUACCUAACAUAGAGCUGAGUCUGUUUUCAAAUAAGAUUUGUAAAUUUGAGUUUUCCGUUUCGAAAAAGGCGAUGAGAUGCACACUUUUCAAUUUUAUUAUAGCGAGUAUGCCCUUUUCGUAAUUUUAUAUUUAAAAAAAUAUGCAUACUAUUUAUUUAAUGUUAUUGUACUCGUAAAAUUAAAUUAUUAAGAUUUA